AUGGCAGAGAAGGAGCUCUUCCCUUCGGAAUACCUCUCUCCUGAGGUGCAAGCUCAACUCCCUGAGGGUUAUAAGCUCCGGGCGCUCAGAAAGACGGACUACGACGCUGGCUUCCUCGAUGUGCUGCGCGUACUGACAACCGUGGGCGACAUCCCCAAAGAGAAAUUUGAAGAGCGUUUCGACUGGAUCUCGAAGCAGGAUAGUUCGUAUUUCAUCAUCGUGAUCGAGGAUACCAAUUCCAGUCCGCCUAGAAUUGUGGGCACCGGUGCUUUGUUAGUGGAGCGCAAAUUCAUCCACCAGCUUGGUUCUGUUGGACACAUCGAGGAUAUUGCCGUGGCUAAGGAUCAGCAAGGCAAGAAACUGGGCCUUCGCUUGAUUCAGGCCUUGGACUAUAUCGCUAAGCAGACUGGUUGCUAUAAAACGAUCCUAGACUGCAGCGAACACAAUGAGGGCUUCUAUGUCAAGUGCGGCUUCAGAAGGGCUGGUCUUGAAAUGGCCCACUACCACGAAGGCCCUAAGAGUAACUCCACGCAAUAA